GUUGGAUAGGAUUGCUCAGGCUAGCUCAUUCUUGUCGUCACUGGUGGCUCCUCGCCGUACCUCACUGCUGCCUGCGCAAGCCACCGCAGCGCUCCGCCGUAGCUUGCCCAUGCUAGUGCGAGCAACCGUAGCUCCCGCGCCGGUGCUCACACACGCCCUGCUGAUGCCCACCGCGGCUCGUCGCCCGUGCUUGUGCACUUCCGCAUGCGUCGGCGCAGUUCGUCCUCGCCUCACGGAUGCCUACUCGAGCUCACCGCGUGUUUUCCCCCACGCCUGCGCGCGACACCGCAGCUCUCUGCAGGUGCUUGCCCUCCCCUGCGCGUAUUGGCGCAGCUCGCCCUCCCCUGUUGGAGAAGCGUUCUAGUGGCGAAGGUGGUGCUGAAGAGGGGAUGGAUGCCUUGUGCAGGUCCUGAGCAAGUGCCGUGAUGGCAGAAGCGGCCGGAGGAGAUGCAUGCGUUUGAAGGUCGUGAAGAUGUUGAAUGCAAGCAACAUUAUUUGUAGAGGAAGAAUCCAAUGAAAAUCCAUCUUCACUGGGAACAAGGAAAGUAAGGCCCCGUUCGGAAGCAGUCCACGAGCUGGCUUCUGAAAAUCCGUCCGAGAAGCGGCACCGAACGGCUCCGCUUCGAGAAGCUGGCUCUGCGGAUACAAGAAUCGGCAGUGCAAAUAUGCGCGGAGACGAGAAGCUACGCUGGCCCAGCUUCGCAAAUAACAGAAGCGGGAGUUGCUCAAAAUUACUACCAUCUCACAAAACACACACAUGAUUAUAUACUAAUGUACGCUGAUUGUUGGUACAUGUUCAUGAUGCUACUGAUUUUGGUAUCUAUUUUUGAGAUGGUACUGAAUGUGUGGCAUAUAUUUUGAGGUAAUGUGUAUCCGUAAAGUAAUAUCAUUUUUGUAUAAAAAUGUCGUCAAGUGGGUCUGCUGAAUGGACCAAUGAGAAUACUCGGAUUAUCGUGGAGUUGUUUGUGAAACAAGUGAAGGCUGGAAACAUGCCAAGCACUCAUUUGACACCCAGUGCAUAUGAUGAGGUGGGAAAGGAAUUCUUGAUGAGAACUGGACUUGAGUACACACCAAAGCAAGUGAGGAACAAAUGGACCAAGCUAAAACGUGAGUACAACACAUUCAAGAAGCUCAAGUUGCGCGAGACUGGAGGGGGUUGGGACUUUGAGAAAAACACUGUGAAACAAGAUAAUGAGUGGUGGAAAAAGGCAAAAGUUGACCUCCCAGGUUGUGGCAAGUUCAAGAAGCAUGGACUUCGUAAUGAAGAAGGUUUGCGCAUCUUGUUUGAGGAUAUCAGUGUUGAUGGCACUGACCAUUGGAACCCUGCAUCUGGUCUGCCUCCCCCCUCUAGUUCGGCAUUGAAAACCACCUUGAAUGUUGAUGAAAUCACCGAUCUUGAUUUGGAGGAUGAUACCGAAGAGCAACCUUCUCCGACAGUAGCUAGUUCAUCUAAAGUGAGGCUUGGGGUCACGAUUCCGGAGAAGAACAAGAAACCAAAGAAUGCACAAGUGAUGCAAGAGGAGAUUAGAAAGAUUAGUUCUAUUGCCCAGGCUUCACUACACAUCGUUUCAGUCUUUCCUAAAGAAAGAUGAGACCGUUUCUGUUGCCUCUACCAUGGAUUUAGUUCGUGAUUGUGGCGUAAUAGACGGCACUGAUGAGCAUUUCAUUGCAAUUGAGCUCUUUCUGAAGAGAGAGCAAAGAGAGAUGUUCUUGCACAUGACAUCCGACUCUCGAAAGGGUUGUCAAUUUAGGCAAGUAUUACCUUGUAGAUGCCGGGUAUCCUAAUAAAGAUGGAUAUCUAGCACCAUACAAAGGAGAA